CGUCUGAGUGCGCGGACGCUCAAAAUAAGUGUGUAACGCUAUUACACACGCACACUUGGACGUUGUAAUAAUAGUGUUGUAAAUCGAGUGACAUGCGCAACGAUUUUUUUAUACAAGUGUUUGUUUACGGCACUAAGUCGGUAACGGGUGUGCGGAAACAAUUGAAUUACCAGUGACGUAUCUUGUGAUGUGACAUUGUUUUUUUUUAACCGGUGGUUGAUGGUGACAGUGGCCAUAGUGAGUUGAGGGUUGUGAUCUGUGGGGGUUGUUGAAGGCGCAGUGACGGAAGAAGCUUCAGAAAAGUACGAAACGUCACCGGGUCUGCCGUCACUGCAGAUGGGAGUGUUUGAAGAAAGAGCUUCUCACACGCCCGGGAUGCAUUGGCAGCAGCACGAGCAGUACAUUGGCCCGGCGUACGAUCCAUCCCGCGACCUAUCGCCGAACUUGCCGUCGUGCGACUCGUCAAUGGGGGACGCCGAUCCUUCGGUCUCCAGCGGCAGUUCUUGCAGCACCCCCUCGAACAACAACCACCAGUCGUGCGGGUCGGACACGUGUCGGCCGCCACCCCCGGCUCUGAAUCAGCCGCCGCCGCCACCGGGAGAGCUGUGUCGUCCGCACUCUUCUUUCGAGCACCACAUACCGAAGCUCGAGCCGCUCCAGACGCCGGGGACGCCGCCAACGCCGCCACCAAGUUGCGCCGAGGACGGCAGUGGGGCCGUUUGUGCGGGCUGUGGAAUGAGGAUCACCGACAGGUUCUAUCUGCAGGCGGUCGACAGGAGGUGGCACGCGUCGUGUCUGCAGUGCUGCCAGUGCAGGAACACGCUAGAUGGGGAAAUCACAUGCUUCUCCAGGGACGGGAAUAUCUACUGCAAGAAGGACUACUAUAGGCUGUUUGGGAUGAAGAGAUGCGCGCGGUGUCAAGCCACCAUCAUCUCGUCGGAAUUAGUAAUGAGGGCUCGCGAUCUCGUCUUUCACGUGCACUGCUUCUCCUGCGCCGUCUGCAACUCCCCUUUGACGAAAGGGGACCAUUUCGGGAUGAGAGAUGGGGCGGUUUUGUGUAGGCUACAUUUCGAAAUGCCGGUGACGGAACCGCUGCCUCCGGGAAUGUUCCCGCCCGGAAUGCACCAUUAUCCGCCACCGUUUCCCAGUCCGGAGUUUCACCACCAGAUACCUCCACCGACGCCUGUCGAGUCUAUCGGUAAAGUUCCUUUCUUCAAUGGGGCGCCUACGACGCCCAGGCAAAAGGGCCGGCCUAGGAAGAGGAAGCCCAAGGACUUGGAGGGGAUGACUGCAAACCUAGAACUUUUUUUUCUAGAUUUAAACUCGGACUACUUGGACAUGUCCUUCGGCCGUUCUCCCGGCACCCCCGGAAUGCAUGGUUCCAAUCAAAGAACGAAGAGGAUGCGAACAUCCUUCAAGCACCACCAACUCCGUACCAUGAAGUCCUACUUUGCAAUAAACCACAAUCCUGAUGCAAAAGACCUGAAACAACUAUCCCAGAAGACUGGCUUACCCAAACGAGUACUUCAGGUGUGGUUCCAGAACGCGCGCGCCAAGUGGCGGCGGAUGAUGCUGAAGCAGGAGGGCAAAUCUGGGGACAAAUGCUCCGGCUCGGAGAGCAUGAGCGACCUGGACUUGUACCCCCACGGUCCCGGUUCCAUGGCGUCCAGCAUCCAGUCGAUGGCCCCCCACAGUCCCCCCUUCAUCCUGCCGCCCGGCAGCCCGUCGUCGCUCGACUGCUCCUGAGAGCGGCCGACGAAUUAGGAAAAGUAUUUAUUUUGGUGACUACGAAUGUGAUUGAAUCAUGACUCGUGGACUUUGUGUUAGUUUUUGUUGUUACUAGGAAGUGGUUUGUACUUACUAAAUAGAGAUUAAUUGUCGAGGGACACGUUUCCUAUAUUCCAGUGCAAAAAUAGUUGAGGUUAAUUAUUCAAAGUGUCCCAUCAUUAAUUAUGUCGAAGACAGCACAUGCACCAAGUCACAUGGAAUCCAUCAGUGUCAAAGCGGUUUUACUAUUUUUGAAACGAUCGAAAUUUUGCUUUUUCGAGGAGGAAAAAUAAACGACAAUAAUUUUCCAUUUUAUUUUUUAAGACACGUUACAUUGUUCCUAAAAUAAAUAUGAAAUAAAAUUUAACUUAAUUUAAAGAUAAGAGGCACUUGUAAAUAAGAUGCAACUGAUGAUUACUGUUUAACAGUCUUCCUUUUCCACUCUUUUCUUAGUUUGCUAAAUUUUACAGAAAUUAUUGUCUUCCUUCAAAACGGCCAAAACGACUCUUCUUCUUAUUAUUACUAUUAUUGCAAAUAAUUUUAAUAAUAUUUAUUCAUGGUAAUUCCAUCUAUUUUUGUAAAUUUGCAAAGAAUUUCUCUCGUUAUCGCUAAUUAUUAUUAUUAUUUUUUAAUUUAUUUUGUUCCAAUGGUUAUAAUUCUUUGCAAAUGUGUGUAAAAGUGGUUUUGAUAUGUGGACGGUUUUGUGUGAAUGGAAAUUGUUGAAUGUUGGCGCUACCUCGAAAUUUAUUGUAUAUAAAGGUGGUAGCAUAUUCCUAUUAAUAAUAAAUAAUUUGAUCAUU